UUGCCCCAGGUCCUAGUAUUGUAGGAUGAAGAAAAACUGCAGACGAGAAUUACCAGGAUAUACGCUGAUCAUCGCAACGCCUACCUCAUUCGAACGGUCGGAACAGCGCCAUUCCGUGACACUAUUCGUCGGAGACCUUCUUCGUCCAACCGAGGUUGCUUACGAUCGACGUCACAAGCUGCGAGAAGCCACGAUGUUCUUCGUUGCUUCAAUCAUCAUGAGAAAACAUGCAUGCCGAUAUAGGGACGAGAAGUCUUCGUCCAAGCUUAUAACUGCGACACUUGCCCUACAUUAGCAUUCACACCAUCACAAUGGAAGUCACACCCGCAAACGUAGCUUUGGCAGCUGUGCCGGAGUCAGUCCUUGCUUUUUACCUGCUCCCAAACCUCAUCGCGAAGGGCACACUGAUAUCCUUCUUCCUUGCUUUCCUGGUCUUCAACUUCGUGCUUUAUGGCAUCUACAAGGUCAUACUCUAUCCAUUCCUCUUGAGCCCACUUCGACACCUACCGCGAGCAAGUGGCUUUAAGCCCCUCAUCGGACAUGGCAUCAUCAUGUUCCAGCGUCCUCCGGGGCAGGCGCAUCUCAACAUCAUGAAAGCAACACCCAAUGAUGGUAUCAUCCGAACGCUGGGCUUCUUUCACACCGACAGGCUCAUCGUCACCAGCCCCGCGGCCCUAGCAGACGUUCUUGUCAACAAGAGCUACGACUUCGAGAAACCGCCAUGGGCGCGUGCUUUCUUGCGGAAGUUCCUGGGCGAUGGCUUGUUGAUGACCGAGGGCGAUGAGCACAAGCACCACCGCAGGCAGAUUAUGCCGGCGUUCCACUUUCGCCAUAUCAAGGAAUUGUACCCUGUGUUCUGGGCGAAAUCGAUCGAGUUCUGCAACACAGUCAAGGCUUCAUUAGCAGACGAUGCAUCGAAAGUACUCGAGAUCGGCCACUACUCGACUCAGGUCACGCUUGAUAUCAUUGGACUUGCAGGUCUUGGUCGCGACAUCGCAUCGUUGCGGAGCAGCGAAGACGAGCUCGUUAAGAACUACGAAGAGAUUCUGGAGCCCACAUCCGAGAAGGCGAUAUAUUUCGUAUGUCACUUGAUUUUCCCACCACGGCUGAUUUCUGUGUUGCCGUGGAAACUGAAUGAGAGAGUCAAGAUCACGACUGGGAAUCUCAAGAGAAUCUGCACGGAUUUUGUGGUGGACCGGAAGUCGAAGAUGAAGCAUGAGAGUCAGGAGAGUCGAGACAUUCUUUCGAUCAUGAUACGAAGCAAAAACUUCUCAGACGAAAAUCUGGUGGACCAACUCCUGACGUUCAUGGCUGCUGGUCACGAAACUACUUCUUCAGCUCUUACCUGGGCAUCCCAUCUGCUCUCGAAACAUCCAGACACCCAAGACCAACUACGCUCCGAGAUCCAACAACACAUUCCCGAUCCGCAGAUCCUUUCCGAUCCCACUUUCGAUGUUGCUGGGUUGCUAGAAAGCAUGCCCUACCUUAACGGUGUCUGCAACGAAGUCCUCCGCCUAUACCCCACUAUACCUGUCACUGCACGACUCUCUAUUCGUGACACUACCGUGGCAGAUGUCUUCAUCCCUAAGGGCACUAUGGUUUUUGUCGUACCGUGGGCUAUCAACCGUAAUCCGCAACUUUGGGGUGACGAUGCCGAAAAUUUCGUCCCAACGCGCUGGAUCGACAAGUCAACUGGACGAGCAACAAUGAACGGUGGUGCGGACAGUAAUUUUGCCUUCUUGACGUUCCUCCACGGGCCACGCAGCUGUAUCGGCGAACGCUUCGCGAGGGCUGAGCUGAGAGCACUGCUUGCAGCAUUUGUUGGUCAUUUCGAAAUGGAGAUGGCCGAUCCGAAUGAGGAAGUCCUUGUCGGCGGCACGAUCACGAGUAAGCCAGUGAAUGGGAUGAAGCUCAAGCUGAGGCCCGUUAAUUGGGGACCAUGA